UUGUACGACAACGACAAGCACUAUUUACAAGAAUGGGCUUGGGCUGAUCUUUAGGAUUUGUUUCAUUAUUGGGUCAACCCAAGUUUGUGUCUAAUCCUUUAUUGGGCCAACCGAAGCCCACUGUAAGGAAUGGAAGCGGAGGUAGAGAAGAGGAAACCGAUAGCUCUUUUCAUGGCUUUUGGUACCAAAGGCGAUGUUUAUCCAAUUGCAGCCAUUGCUGCGGCUUUCGCUUUUGAUCAGAAGCAAUAUCAUGUGGUUCUAGUAACGCACUCAGCACAUGAGAACUUAAGGCCUUAUUUGGCAGACAGAUAUAUUACUUUCCUUCCUAUCAGAUCACCACCUGUUCUUAGUAUUCAUGAGAAUUAUAAUUCCACAGGGACGCAAGAAUCAGCCUUUUCACUUCAGAAAACGAUUAUCAGAAAAGAGCAUAGACGAGAAUGCCAUUCUGCCAUUGAAAGGAUAUUUGGAGAUGGCCCAAGCAUGAAGGGUGACUUUAUUGUGAUCAAUUUUUUUGCAUUGGAAGGGUGGAGCCUUGCAGAACUUUUUCGUGUUCGUUGUGUGGUUGCUGCUCCUUAUAUUAUUCCAUACAGUGCACCCUCAUCAUUUGAGUGUCACUUCAAAAAAGAGUUUCCUCUUCUCUAUGAAUAUCUCCAAGAAGCUCCAACUGAUAAGGUUUGCUGGAAAGAUGUGAUCCAUUGGAUGUGGCCACUUUUUAUGGAAAAUUGGGGAUCGUGGAGAAGUGAUGAGUUGAAUCUUAGUCCUAUCCCUUUUACAGAUCCUGUAACAGGCCUUCCCACUUGGCAUGAUUGGCCACCAUCUCCACUUCUCUUGUAUGGGUUCAGCAAAGAAAUUGUUGAAUGCCCAGAUUAUUGGCCAUCAAAAGCUUGUGUUUGUGGGUUUUGGUUCCUCCCUAUUGAAUGGCAGUUUUCAUGUAAGAAAUGUCUACAAAUUUCAGCACUUCCAUCUCCUGGGAGUAAUAGAACAAAAGUUGAGAUAUGUGCAGCUCAUGUAAAGUUACAACUCUUUUUGGGGACAUCAGUGCCACCUGUUUUUAUAGGACUAAGUUCUGCUGGAAGCAUGGGUUUUUUGGAGCACCCUGAAGCAUUCCUCGGGGUUAUUCAAACUGUCCUGGAGAUCACAAAUUUCAGAUUUAUCCUGUUUACUUCUGGCUAUGAGCCUUUAGAUGAAGCAAUUCGAGUUGUUGCAACUGAAUCUUUGUAUUUAGAUCAACAGCAGUACAGUGAAGAGGGGGUUUGUCUCUUUGAUGGCCGUCUCUUCUGCUUUCCUAGUAUGGUACCAUACAGUUGGCUGUUUCAAAGAUGUCUGGCUGCCGUUCAUCAUGGGGGCAGUGGAUCCACUGCUGCAGCAUUAUAUGCCGGAAUUCCACAGGUGUUAUGCCCAUUUAUGUUGGAUCAAUUUUAUUGGGCUGAGCGAAUGCAUUGGCUUGGAGUUGCCCCAGAACCAUUGAAAAGAAACCAUUUGGUUCCCGACAAAAUGGAUGAUUUGAGAAUCAGGAUAGCUGCAAAUGUUCUAUCAAGAGCCAUAGCUUAUGCAUUGUCUCCCGAAGUUAAAACACGUGCUCUAGAAAUUGCUGAAAGAAUCUCCCCCGAGGAUGGAGUCAUGGAAGCUGUGAAGAUUCUUAAGCAACAGAUUGAUUGCUCAAAUUAGAUACUCAUCGGACUUUCGAAGAUAACCCUAUUUCUGUAAAAGGAAACAUUGAUGAACAUGUGCCUAAUGAAAUCCAAUUAAGAGACAAUGUUAUAAAUUACAACAAAAUGCACUGUACGAUUGACAA